AUGGGUGCUAACAACACUUACCCAGUAAUCAUAAAUUCAAGUCUGAGUAAGGAACAAGAAGAGGAACUUAUCCAAGUGCUGAGACAACACAAGGAUGCCAUAGGCUGGACACUUGCAGAUUUAAAGGGGAUCAGUCCUUCAAUGUGUAUGCAUAAGAUCUUACUUGAAGAGGAUGCCAAACCCUCAAGACAACAACAAAGGAGGCUGAACCCAACUAUGACUGAAGUGGUUCAAAAAGAAGUGCUGAAAUUGUGGCAAGCAUGGGUGAUCUACCCCAUCUCAAAUAGCCCUUGGGUAAGCCCAGUACAAAUAGUCCCUAAGAAGGGAGGGAUCACUGUUGUGGCAAAUGAGAAGAAUGAAUUGAUACCCACAAGGACAGUAACCGGAUGGCGCAUGCGCAUUGACUAUUGGAAACUUAAUGAAGCCACCCGGAAGGAUCACUUUCCCCUACCCUUCAUGGACCAGAUGCUUGAGAGAUUGGCAGGACUUGAGUGUCAAAAAAUUAACCUGGUUUUAAACUGGGAGAAGUACAAUUUUAUGGUGACUGUAGGGGUGGUUCUUGGUCACAAGAUUUCAAAAGAUGGUAUAGCAGUAGACAAGGAAAAAGUGGAAAGGAAAGACAAGCUAGUACAUGUUAUUUACUAUGCUAGCAAGGUCCUUAAUGAGAAUCAACGGAACUAUACCACCACGGAGAAAGAACUUUUAGCCAUAGUUUUUGCUUUUGAUAAGUUUAGAUCAUAUCUCAUUGGCUCAAAAGUAAUUGUGUUCACUAAUCAUGCAGCACUCAAAUACUUGCUUACCAAACAAGAAUCUAAUUCCAGACUAAUAAGGUGGAUCCUGCUGCUCCAAGAAUUUCAUAUUGAGAUUAAAGAUAGGAGUGGAGCAGAGAACAAGGUAGCUGACCAACUCUCAAGGAUCCCACAAGAAGAAGAAAUGCAGCAAGUAGCAGUAAAUGAAAGCUUUCCUAAUGAACAACUGAUGAUGAUUCGAGUAGCCCAUUGGUUUGCAGACAUAGCUAACUUCAAGGCUAUUGGGGAGCUACCAACUAACAUCAAUAAGCACAUGAGAAGGAAGCUAAUCAAGGAUGCCAAACACUACAUCUGGGAUGACCCCUAUUUGUUCAAAAAGUGUACUGAUGGUGUCCUAAGAAGGUGUAUAUCCCAUGAAGAAGGGCAGGAAGUGUUAUGGCAAUGCCAUUGGUCAGCAUAUGAAGGUCACUUCAGUGGAGAAAGGACAGCAGCAAAAGUGCUCGAAUCCAGAUUUUACUGGCCAGCAGUGUUUAAAGAUGCCAAGGAAAUGGUGUCAAGGUGUGAUGAAUGUCAAAGAGAUGGUAAUCUAACCAAGAGGAAUGAGAUGCCACAGCAAUACAUACUAGAGCUGGAGCUAUUUGAUGUAUGA